GAUACGAGCCUUGCCCGCAACCCACCAUGCAGAUGUUCCACCACGCAAAGAUGGCUGUUCAGCCUUGUCCCUGCCGAGAGUCUGCAACCUUUCAGGCUCUGGCCACCCUGCUUCUCGUGUGUCUCUGAAAAUGCAGUGACGGCCGGCAGGUUUGACUUGAUUCUACGGAAUGAACACCUACGAUCUAUCAUUAAUCAGCUUGUGCUAUAUCAACUCGGACUUGCGUAUUCGCGGGCAUCAUGCCGCCCGAAAUCUUUCAUGAAUCACCAGAUAAUAACUCGCGGUGGGAUUAUAGCAACUUAGUUGUUCCCGCGUCAUCUGGUGUCCCAACAGCAUCACGGCCAACAGUGACAACUGCCAAUACUCGAGACGCAAAUGCUGCACAACAAUGGCCCCAAUAUCGUAACCUUUUCCCUGCUGAGAAGCUCAGUGCGAUCAUUUUCCACCAUAAAAUCGCGUCAAGGGUCGCUGGAGAAAUAGAUUGCUGGACCUAUAUCUCUGCGGGCCUGACCACGGUCGGCCAGAAAGAGGUAAUUAUCACAAUCCAACGCAGAGUCAAGACUGAAGACGAGGGAGACUUUCCCAGAGAUCCUCUGAGAUGGUUCGAAUCAUUAUAUGCAUUCGCAAAGCUCGGCGAUGUGGUACAUGAAUAUCAGCAUACAGGUGUCCACGUCCCGAACUUUCUGGGUCGCCCAGACGUUAAACGGAUUGUCCUUUGUGAUUUUCAUCCUAUCGACAAUAUUCCCGCAUCAUAUUUUCCUGGCGAAUGCCUACAGGCCAUUCUGCUUACAGAGCCAGAGGACGCCGUUUCUCGACGAUAUGGUGUCUCGAGAGUUCUUAGCCACCUAGGUGCUUCACAUCGGUGGUUCCCAUUCCCGCCUUGGUUCAGUCGGGAUCGCGGAUCAUGUAUCAAGCUGGCCGAUAUGGAAGGAAGCGUGAAAGACAAAUUCCAUUGUGUUACUGUUCGUGGCGUAUGUGCCGUGAAGAGAGGCCCCGAUGUCACGCUUCACGUAUCGAAAGAAGCAGCCCCCCUCUUACGGGAAGCUCUAGCGACCACCAAUGCGGAUGAGUCCUUUUCCAUAAACACUGUUCCCUUCAAAGAUGCGGAUUCAGGCCUUUUGUGGAGCAAUAAAAUUGGGACCAUGCAGCCCCAGGCAUACGCUGCCGGAAAUUCAACCACUACCAUGAACUUGACUUUUCUCACAUUCUGUCUAAGUCAAGAGAGGUGCAGACUAGAGUUAGUCGAAGAUGGAUAUUUCCACAGAGUCGAUAAAGAAACUUGGGCGCGGCACCGUAACUCUAUUGAAACCUCAGCAGAAUUUUCCAUCACGCUCGGAACUGGUGGACGAUUCUCCAUUGAAUUUGAGCGCGUUGAGAAAAAGAGUAGCACCACGAAUACGCGGCCUCCAGCAUCGGCCUCGGUGUUUCAACCACCACCCGGAUUCACCCUCUACACACCUCAAGAUCCAACUUCAGCCUCCCGACCGAACCACAUUGACUGUGACCAUAUCGUUCUGCUUGACGAAAACGUCACAUCUACGGACGACAUCCAGCAGCUCGCUAAGUAUAUCAAAACCAUUACCGACACGUUAGAUGAGAUCGUUCCCAAGACAGUUCCUCUUAGUGCUCAAGGAGGAGGUCAGUUAAUGAUUGAAGCUGAUAUAGGCGGACCGGGCCGGCGGGAUCCUCUUAGUCGGGAGUGGCUGUCAUGCAAAUUCGCGCCCCAGACACUAUCAGCUCUGCCUCUAGAUGUGAUGUAUCGUCAAUUGUCAAGAAUAGAACGACCGGAUAUUCAACCUAGGACGAAAUUCCAGAUUGUGUUUAACGUGUGGGGAUUCGAAGGUGGACAGGGUUCUGGAAGCACAUAGGUGUAAAUGCCGUGGUUAGCGCUCGUCAGCUGUCCCAUAUACAUGCCUUGCUUCAUUUAAUUUGUCAUCUUCUGCUUCUGUCCAGCAUAAUCGCAUUGAAUAACCCGAAUGUCAGUGUUCACACUGCUAAGACGCUGCUGCCUCCGCUCCUGCGCCUUUGGGAAAUCUAGAUAAAUAUAAUCCACCAACAAAAGCAUCUCCGUAUUUGCUGUGGUACCAUCAGCUGCCGCUGCCGCUGCGGGAGAUUGCUGCGGCAUUGACUCUCGUGGAGGAGACACCCAAAAAUCAACCUCUGUGUACAGCAGCAUCAUAUCUGCUCUUCUUGGUGUUUUCCAUUGGGAAUCUGUUGCUUUGAACAAGUACUGAAAACCGCCAUUUGAUAAAAACAUGACGGCUGUGUUCUUCUUCGUUCGAAAUCUGACUGGAGUAUGGAACGCUUUCGGGUCAUAUAAGAUCAAGUGAGCAGAAUAGACAGUUGGAGGACGUUCACCAAAGUCGCUCUCUAUGAAACCAGCCAUUAUACGAGAGUAAAUGAAACUAGUCAGCUUUUGUGCGUAAGGGUCCUCUGGAACCAACUUUUGGGAAACGAUAGCCGGGGUUUCUUCUGAGGUCAAAGAAUGAAUACAUUCACGGCUGUGGCUGCUCGUCUUAUCCUCCCAUUCAAGGCUGCGGCAUGACUCCGAGCAGAAUCUGUAUACCAAACACUCUACAUAAAGUUAGCAUUAUUUUAUGCUGUACCAUUCGGAGGAAUUGGUGGAUCUCUCACUUUGGCAUGUAAGCCGACUGGAGUUGUUGCACUCCAGGCGCGCGCAAAUCUCUUCGACUUCUGGCCGAGUGGAUGAAGUAGAACCGCUAUAUGCAUUGCCCGGUUGAGACCGCAAUUGAAAGAGUGGUGGCUCCAACGUAUCCUUCCCAUACCAGGAUAUCCAUUCGGUCAACACUGGGUCCUCAGGCCGACCCAGGUCCUCCAAGACUCGGACUAGUUUGUUAGCAAAAUCCGCCGUAAGAAUAUGAUUGUUCCCGAGAACCUCAAGAGAUAUAUUCCAACCCUUUCUGUAUAUGGUCUCGGCGUUAAAUAA